AACCAGAGCGUCCCCGCGCAUCGCGCACACCUGCCCUGCCCUCCCUCCUCCUCCAUUAUCAUCCAUCGCCAUUCAACAACAACAAUUCUUCUACACAGCUUCUCGUCUAUUCCAAUACAUCAUCUUGUCGAUCAGAUCUCGCUUCAUCAACCACAUCAAAAAACCAAAUCAAUACAAUGGCUGGAACUAAGAAGGCAACUGGCACUGCGGCCGCGCCCAAGAAGGCCGCAUCCACUGCUGCUCAUCCCUCCUACCAGGACAUGAUCAAGGAGGCUAUUCUGCAGCUCAAGGACCGUGGUGGAUCUAGCCGUCAAGCCAUCAAGAAGCACCUUUUGGCCAACCACCCCAGCGUCACCAACGUCAGCGAGAAUGCCUUCACCACUCAGCUCAACAAGGCUCUCCAGCGCGGUACCGACAGCGGUGUCUUCCUCCGCCCCAAGGGCCCCCGCUGUUGAGGACAAGGCUGCUGUCGUCCUAGGAAAGACCAAGUCUGGCCGUGUCACCAAGACGAAGGCUGCCUCUGCGACCAAGGCCGCACC